CUGCUUAGUAACAAGUCGGUUUACGCCCCCUAAAAUAACAAUCCAGUACAGUUCAUAAUUGAAAAGUCGAUCAUUGCUUCCCAGCAUAUUGCAAGAAAAUGUUCGCUCUACGUGUUGUUGUAUUUUUUUUUUUUUCGGGUUUAGUUGAGGGCACCUUUAAAAAAUGGAUAAAAGAUACUAACUUUGAAAACCCAAACAACUGGAAUGCUGGUCGCGCACCGUGCGGAAAUGACGUAGUCAACAUACCAGACGACAGUCCGGUCAUUUAUGUCCAGAUUAACACCACCCUGAAGGAGUUGAUUUUGCCACAAAACAGUGAGAUAGUCUUUGGAGAACGAAUGACUUUAGCUUUUACAGAUCAAUCAGAUGCCAGUUGUCAAUCUUAUUCUGGAGAUGUAGAAUUUAAUGUCAACAACCCAAGAAAGUGGUUAGACCCCGCAAACUGGUGUCAGACAGAUACGGAACAGGGGACGUGUCAGCAGGCAGCCUUGCUGGACUCGGAGAAAAUACCAUGUUCCACCGACAACAUCGUCUUCCCCAGGAAUCGACUCUAUAGUAUAGACCUUGGACAAAAUCUAAAUCUAAAAAUCAACAAAUUGAAAUUUUCGGGAACUAGUUUCAGCACCAGCAGUUUCCAACAGUAUUUGACUAGUCCGGAUGGCAUUCGUCUGUUUCCGCCAACCUCCGGUUCGUCUCGGUCAACCGUAACCAUUGCCCGACUCCCAUCUGGUUGCAAUGAUUUGACCGGUUGUUCGUGCGGCAAUGACAGGGGACAGAUCUUCACCCAGCUUUGCUCCAUUAUUCAGAACCGUUGCGAGAGAGCAAUGUGCAGAAAUCCUAUCCAGCCAGCUGGCUCGUGUUGCAGGAUGUGCGGUGUAGUUUUCAAUGCAACUAUUGCCCCUGCAUCUGGAUUUCGCUUCAACGAAUACAAGAACUUGUUUCAAGGUUUCGUAAACAGUCGGGGCAACAGCAGUGUCUCUCUUAUAGCAUCAAAGGUUGGCGGAGGAUUCAUACAGAUGGUUUUGACGGAUCCUAAUGGUGAACUCAGCGUUAGAGUGGCAGCAUAUAUACGUGAUGAUCUUAACUUAGAUCAAAGGUCUGGUGGCCACAAGUAUAGAAUAGAGAGUUAUCGACUGACCACUUCAGGGAGUGGGAUUCCCACCCCUACCACAGCCACUACUGCAUCCAGCACAACCCCGUCUACAGCGACAACUAAAGGAAGUAGCCCAACAACGGGGUCUGGUGGAAGUACUGGAGCUAGCGGCAGUUCUAGUUCCUCGUCUGCAACUCAAAGUCCACUAAGUCAAACGGGGGGUAAGGGUAUGUCUGGAGGAUCUGUAGCUGGUCUGGUUAUUGGACUCCUGUUGUUAUUCACCAUAAUAGCUUUCAUCGGUUUCUACUUGUACAGGCGCAAAAUGGGAAGACCAAUAUAUGCCCAGGAAUAUCUGGAUGCCUUCAAUCCAAGGACUUUAUUGAGCAGAGGGUCGCAAGUUUUCCGAACCUCGGGCAGACGACAGCCGGAGCGAACAGUGUCAGAUUCUGGCUUUCCUAACCCUUUGUAUGGAACAUCCGAGAUGUUUAGUCGCACUGAAAUGCCACCGAUGGAGUUGAUGCCUGUUGAAGAACAGCCUACUUUUGACGUCAGUGAUGCCGGAUUCAACAACCCACUUUAUGGAACUGUUGGCAAGCAAGAGCCACAAUACCAAGAUCCAAGCCACAUACCUGAUGAUAGUACUAUCUAAGACCAACAUAAAACUGCUCAACUAAAAUAUUCCACAUUUUGAGGAUACUAGCUGAACAGGCUUUUAAAAAUUUCAUAAACAAUAUUGGAUUAAGCAAACUGUCAAUUUUCAAAGGCUUGUUUUAGUGCUCCUUAAUUAUCCUAUGUGUUAUUGUACUGUGUGCUGUCUAAAUUCAAGAAUUAAAAACAUUACAAGAUAAUGCUUUGAUUUAAAGGUACUAAAUCAAAUACAACUAGCACACAUCAUCUUCCCCAGUGUCGUGAUUAAUAAUGGUGAAUCUCUGCAAAAUCUUGUUAAUGAUUUCAUUUAUACAAAUUUGUAUCAUGUAAUAUUAAUUAGCACCUAGCGAAAUCAACAAUAGAAAGAGUGGAAUGUGAUUCAUUUCUUGAUAUACAUGUAUUGAUGGUUUAUGAAUCAUCAACAAGAUUAUGUAAUAAAAUUUGUUUAUUUUUG